CAAUACUCGACAUGUCUUGCAUUUGGACUACCCAGAAACUAUGCUAUAUACAACAAAAGGGGAUGCUAUUUUACAUGGCCUCCGCCUUAUUCGCUUCAUUACAACUAGUCCUUGUCACCCAUCUGACAGGGCGUCUCGCAUACCAACAAGGCGCAACAAGAAAAAAAAACAAAAAACAAAAAUACAGACACAGACGCAUAUACCCCAUUGCACCUUGUUUCUCCCACCGGACAAUUAGGGAAAAAGAAAUGUGAUGCAGACUUGUCUAGGCCGUGGUAGAUGUGAACUAGCAAAACAAAGCAAAGAAAGGAAACCUCACCAACGAUGGAUAACCCCAAGAGAUGAACGCCAUAGCUAUGCCAACUUUAUGGAUCUCAGGAGUAAAACGACUUAAUGGAAGGAGCACGGGAAUACAGGCGGCUAGGAAAACGGAGGGGGUGCGAAUAC